AUGUCACACUUGAAGAGGUGUAGCUACAAUAGGAUUCGCCGAUGUCUUUCGCUGCAUUCGAACAAACGUCCUGAAAGCUAUAUCGCAAAACUUAGAAAGGAUUUAAACGACCAAAAUAAUGUCAACAAAAGAUCUGGAAUUAAGGUUACAAACCUGGGUGAUGGCUUAAAAGCUACAAAGGAUCUUCUUCAAAAAAAGAAAGCCAAUAGUUCUACUUUUUUUGACCCAGCUAAUACGUCAUUAAAUUUAUUAUUAGAUAAUAAGACAUUGUAUUCAAGCAUCUUGAAUGACACAUUGGAUAGAACUAUGAAAAGAUUUGAUAUUGCUUCGAAAAAUUGGCUUAGUACAUUUGAAAGUGUCAUUUCGAAAGACCAAAGAUUUCAGGUUAAAAAAGGGAGCAAAGAGGCAGAAGUUGAAAAGGCGCUUCUUGAAGCUUUUGAAAAUGCUACCAUAUCAUCUAUAAAAGCGAAUGAACCAAUUCGAAUAGGUGAUUUAGUUGCUCUACAUGAAGACUCGAGUAACUUGUUUCUUAUAGUUGCCUGUCCUACUUCACUCAGCUCAAAUUCAUAUACUUUCAUCAAUAAUGAAGGCGAGAUAGUAUUCGGGCCAAAGCUGCUAAUAAAACUUAGAGUACCUGGAGUUGUACCUUCGAAGUACACUGCCAUAAUCCAAACAUUUGUCCAACUUGAGAGAAAGCACAUGAAUAUUGCACCCAUUGGUGUUUCUGAUUCUAGUUUCUCAAGAUCAAAUGAUGCAUUGCCAAAAGAGCUCAGGACUCUGAAUGAGACUCCUGAAAAUUUUAAUGUUGAGGGUCAAAAAGGAAACCCUGACGUUGAAAGUGAUUUGAUAGUUGCUCAGGCAUCCUCACAGCUUCUCACAAACUCAAAUGUCAAUACAUACGUGGUUCCAAUCAAAGCAAGGCAGCUUUACAGCAAGGGUUUAGUCCAAUUAUCUCUUAAAGUUUUUGAAGAAUUACCUGAAAUAUCCAAAAAAUUAGAAAUAUUGCAUAAGGUUUUACAAUUUGAUUUGAAUAACGAUACUUUAGAUUCGCCAAAAGAUUAUUCAAUAUUCCAACUUUUACUGUUUCUUGACAUGAUUGAGCUACCUCUCCUGAAUAAGAAACUUAGUUUAGAGGAUUAUAAAUUUCUCAACGAGAGUCUUAGCAAAGAGUUUGCCCAAGAUAUUACAACUUCUGAAAUCGGUGCAGUCGUUCCAUCGAGGGAAUCUGGAUCCGUAUUCGUUUUUGAAAAUCAUCCUAUUGCAUCGUAUUUGGCUCUUGUAUUAUCAUUAAAAAAACAACCGAGAUCAUGGAUUAUUAAUCAAAGAAAUAAAAGUGAUCCACCCUUGAGCGUAAGUGUUUUGCCGGCAAGAAAUAUUCCCUUCCUUUCAGAGAUGGUAAAGUAUCUCAAAUUUGACAAAGGUAAAGACCAUUUUGCAAAUUUUGUCAUAAAAAAGAUGAACGAGAAACUGGAAAGUGAAUCAACAAAAUACUAUGAUGAAAUAAUUCACCUCUUUAAAGGUUACGUUGCAGGAAAUUUUGAAAACGAUCCGGAGAUUGAAACACUUUUAGUGGACAUAAUUAGAUUGAUAGAUAAAAGCUCUACUACUCAAUUCAAAAACAUGCCCGCGUACUCAUAUGAGUACUCAAUGGCCAGAGCUUAUGAAAUUCUUCAAACACUUGAUAACAAAAAUGGCGCAAUUCAUAAUCCCAUUUGUUGGAGUUAUAGAUCACAAACUCCAGCAAUUUCAACAAUGAAUCAAAUGCGAUAUGAAUACUACAAUUACUUGGAUAGUAAUUAUUCUAGGAAGGACAUAGAAAAGCUUCCAGUGGGAGAUACUGUUUGUGACGGAGAUGUUCCUUUGAUGCUCGGUUCUUUCGAGAAUCCCAUAUCUCAUCGAGAAACACUGCUUCCAACAGACUUCUUUCCGUCUGAUCCUUUUCAAGGAACUAGAGAGGACUUCACUAAUAUUCCAAUAUACUGUAUUGACUCAGAGUCUGCACAUGAAAUAGAUGAUGGAAUCUCAUUGCAUACAGCAGAGGGAAAAUAUGUUGUGUCAGUUCACAUAGCACACCCUACUUCAUAUAUGCGGCCUACAUCUAUAAUAAGCCAAAUCGCCCUUUCAAAAGGGUCGACUGUAUAUUUGCCCGAAGGUCCGACAAUGAUGCUCCCGAAUUUGAUAUCACAGUUAGCAGGUCUUGGUGUGGAUGGAUAUCCAACCAGAACCUUCGUAAUUCAAUAUGAAUUAGACAAGGAUGCAAUUGACUCCUAUAUCCUGAGGAAGAAUCAUAAUAAAGAUUAUAAGCCUGAAGUUUCUUUAUCAAAACUGAUUGUUAAGCAAAUUAAGGAAUCGGCAAGGAUAAAACUAGGCGUGGCGAAGAAGUUUCCUCAAAACUUCACGUACGCUAAAGUGAAUGAGUUAUUAAGUGACUCCGAAAAUAUUUCGAAGUUUAAGCGUCGCUCUGCAGAUGAGGAUGUAACUAAUCUUUUCAAAUUGUUUAAUAUCGCAACUAUUCUUAAUGAUGCAAGAAUAAUGGUUGGAAAUGGAUUAGAGAUGAAUUCUUCUAAGUCUUCAAUCGUUGUUGAAUAUAGUGAUACAUCAACCGCUGAUACAAAUGAACAAUUUUGUAAAACAGAUUCCUCUUAUGAAAUACGCCUAGAUGGUGAUAAUCCUAAAACUAUCAAAAUACUCAAUAAUCAGGAUCAGGGCCAUGACUCUUUGUCACAGAUGUUAGUAUCGCAUUUUAUGAUUUUUGCAAAUUUCGCAGCUUCAAUCUUUGCAAAAACAAAUGGGAUACCUGUGAUCUACAGAAGUCAACAAAUGCAGUUAAAUAAGACAAUAACAGAUGAAAUUACGAAGUUGUGUAGAGGAAUAUACCAGAAAGGAACAGAUUUAUCGGUGGAGCAAGUGAGUCAAAUAAUAUCUGUGUUGACGGGAGCAAAAUUGGGAACGGUACUGAAAAAGCAUGAAUCAUUGGGAUUAGAGAGUUAUGCGACAGUAACUUCACCUUUAAGGCGAUUUGUGGAUAUGGUGAACCAUUGGAUGUUUGAAGAAUACUUGAAUAAACAGAAAUCUUUCGACGGCUAUCAAUUGGAAUUUAUUGCUACUCAAUUACAAAGUCAUGAAAUGAUCAAUAAAAAGAUGCAACUGUUGUCUGAUAAAUUUUGGGAGGGGAUAUUUUUAAGGACCUACUGUAAGCUAUUGAACGGAGGCAAAGUUAAAGACCCAAUCCAAUUCAAAUUACUUAUUAAGAGCAGCCCUAAGUUUGGACCUGUAUCGGUAGAUGUACUAGGAUUCAAUAAUUUGAGAGCUAAGUUAGAGAAUACAUCAGACUUUAUUGAAGCCUUCAACCUAGGAAAGAUCAAAAUUGGAUCAAUAUUGGAUUCUGACAAAUUGAGGAUUACCAAAAUAGAUUUUAUCGAAGAUGAAUUAACCUUCGAGUUUAAACAAUGA